UUUUACAGCCCAAAUGGUCAUACACUCGUCUCUGCAUCAAUAACACCUGUUACUUGUCUUCCAUUGUAUUUUAUUGCUAAUAUUCCAGUCAGAUGCGUUCAAGAAAACACAACGCAAAUUCGCGUGAAAGCGCCAAGGUUCAUAAUGAAAACAACAAUUCAAAACACAACGAUAAUACCGUUAAUAAUGGGAAAGUCGAUAAAAAACUGGCAGGGGAAGUGGAGGAAUUCGUUAAAUACUGUCAAGCUAAUAGAGUAAAUUUAAUUGAGGUACAAAAUUUAUUCAAGCCGGUGUGGUCUGCCUUUGGGGAUGCUUUUAAGGUCAACGAAACAUUAAAAAUUAUAUUUUUUAUUUUGGGGAUAUUGCUUAUCUUCUAUUUUCUGAGCUACGUUAAUAUUUUUUUUCGAUUCUUUGAGGCUAUCGGUAGACUGAUAAUGAUACAACUUUUGUCUGUUUUCGAUUGGCGGUAUCUUGUAGACGAACGAUGCCUAAUUCCGGUACCAUUUUUUUCAAAAAUUGUUCAGCAACCACCCGAAAUUGACUGCAUAUUAUGUCAAGGUAUAGAAAAAAUCGACGUUAAGGAAGAUAUUACUCAAGAAGAACUCCACGAAUUAUUCAUAUCAGUUCAUAAACCUGUUAUAAUCGGCAAUGCAGUUCAAAUGUGGCCGAAUCUUGCUAAUGCGUCAGUUUUAAAAAACUUUUUGAAAAUGGACCCGUCACUUUCAAAUUCAAUUCCAUGCGAAAUUUCGACAAGUGUUUACAGCGAAAUAUGUGAAGUUAAAAAAUUGGUAAAGCGCAUGGAUAAGUUUGAUAAUUUUUUCUUGCAAUUUCAAAAUUGCGAUUUAAAUGCAGUAAAACAAUUGAGACUAAUGAUUCCGCGACCGCCAUUUUUACCUGCACAAUUGGCUCCCAUACAAUAUAGUUGGAUAUUUAUUAGCAAGAAUUUCAUGUUAAACAAAAAUAAAAACAUAGAAUUUGGAGAACGUGUUGUAUUGUUCGUUCAGAUGACUGGAAGAAACUUUAUUCAGUUAAUCCCAAGUAGAGACUGCCGAUCUUCCUGUCCGCUUAUCGAUAUAGAAUUAAAAAAAGGAGAAGCUAUCAUUUUCACUCAUUUUUGGAACAUGGAAUACAGACCAGACCCAAAAACUGAAAACAUUGCAUUUGCUCUGGAAACACAUUAAUAUCUUAAUUAGUCUAAUUUUAGUAGUCGUCGACUUUAAAAUUCAUGUAUAAUUUUAUGUAAUGCGCUACAAUGAACAUAAAAUUAUUGUAAGUGUAUUUAAUGUUAAAAUGAUCGAUGUACUUUUAAAUGUUGUUACAAAUAACCCAAUAAACUAUAUGUACAAUA